AUGGACGAAAUUGACAAAGGCUCACGUACAUUAGGCCUCCCAAUAGCCUUUCACGGAACAGUCAUCCAUUCCCGAAGGUUGAACGAGCUCGAAAUCUUGGAGAAUUGCUUCCUUUUGGUGGACAAAGCCGGCAAAAUCCAAACACUACAGGCAGGAGUCGACCCCAACGAGAUCAACAGCAUAAUUUCAGACCUGGGCUACACACCAGAUGUCUUCCCGAUCAAAUACCUGCAACGUGGCCAAUUCCUCUGUCCCGGCUUCGUGGACACCCACAACCACGCGCCGCAGUGGACCCAGCGUGGGAUCGGUCGUGGAAAGACGCUAAUGGAAUGGCUGAACAAUGUAACCUUUGCACAUGAGGCGAAAUUCGCGGAUGCGGAAUACGCCAAGCGUACAUAUUCAUCCUGUGUAUCUGGAUUCCUUCGACACGGCAUCACGACAGCAUCAUACUAUGGAUCUUUGCAUGGUGAAGCAACCCAGAUCCUGGCCGAUAUCUGCUUGGAGAAGGGCCAGCGUGCCUUAGUUGGAAAGUGCAAUAUGAAUCGCAAUUCACCGGAGUGGUAUAGGGAUGCAUCGGUGGAGGAUUCGCUGCACCAAACGCAGGAGUUGAUUCAGCAUAUCCAAACUAUCGAUCCGGACAACAAGCUUGUGCGCCCGAUCAUCACUCCUCGAUUUGCUAUCUCCUGUGAACCGGACCUUCUAAGUGGGCUGGGGUCGCUCGCGAAAGAACAUCCUGAUACACCAAUCCAGACCCAUUUCAACGAAGCCAAGGGUGAAAUGAUGCUGACCAAGGAGCUGUUCCCUCAAUUUCGCAAUGAGGUGGAGCUCUAUAAAUCCUACGAACUAUUGACCGACCGCACGAUUCUCGCGCAUUGCAUUUAUCUAGAGGAAGAGGAGAUCGAAGCACUUCGCGAGCUUCGUUGUGGUGUCGCACACUGUCCAAUUUCGAACACGACCAUGGACUUUUUCAUGGCAGCGCCAAUACGCGAAUACCUACGACGGGGCAUCAAAGUAGGGCUGGGAACAGACAGUGGAGGCGGUCACUCUGCAUCCAUGCUGGAUAGCAUGAGACAGGCAUUUGUGGUUUCAAUCGCCCGGCAAGACGCUACUGAUGGCCAGGACCCUGCACUAUCCAUGGCUGAAGGGUUCUAUCUUGCGACGCUGGGCGGUGCGCAGGUUUGUGGCUUGGAUGAGAAGAUUGGUAAUUUUGCCGUUGGUAAAGAAUUCGAUGCUCUGGAGGUCCACUGUGACGACAAUCUUGGAAUCAUGACCCCCGUCGAGGAUGAUGAUUCGAUUUCCACCAUCUUCGAAAAGUGGAUCAUGACUGGAGAUGAUAGGAAUAUUGCCAAGGUCUAUGUAUGUGGGCGCUCAGUCAAAGUAUAG